AUGAACACCAGUUUAUCGCAAAAUAUAACAUUUGUGCGCCCGGAGUACUUUUAUAUCAGUGGAUUUUCUGACAUUCCAAACAGCAAAUAUUACUUUAUUCUUUUUAUUUUUAUUUAUAUUAUUGCAGUGUGUGGAAACUUGACUGUUCUUUUCAUGAUUUUCACUGAGAAAACUCUGCACAGUCCUAAAAACUUGGGGAUCUUUAAUUUAGCUCUGGCAGACUUUGGUGAAACGAAUGCACUAAUACCAAACAUGUUAAAGACAUUUCUUUCUGAUUCACCGUACAUUUCUUAUGAGGCUUGUUUGGCCAACAUGUUUUUUGUAUUUUUCUUUGUCUGUGGACAGACUUUAACUCUGACUGCUUUGGCAUAUGAUCGUUUUGUUGCCAUUUGCUUACCCCUGAGAUACCAUGCUAUUGUUACUCACUCGUUUAUGACUGCAGUUAUUACAGCUAUAUGGUCGUUUAAUGCUGUGGUUAUAAGUACAAUGGUGGGUUUAAUCACACGACUUUCGUUCUGUAAAACCAAUGACAUAAAAAGCUUUUUUUGUGAUCAUGGACCAGUUUACAGACUUGCUUGUAAUGAUUUUAGCCCAAACUCCUUUUUUACUGUUGCAUGUAUGGUGCUAUAUUUGUACAUACCUUUGAUUGCCAUAUUCUUAUCAUAUUUAGGAAUCAUUUCAGCCUUGAUUAGGAUAACAACAUGGGAGGCUCGACUUAAAUCACUGAAAACUUGUGCCUCUCAUCUGAUAGUAGUAGGAAUAUUUUUCCUUCCUACAUUAGGCACAUAUAUGGCUGCAAUAACUACUUUUCUACAUCCCAAUGCUAGGAUAAUCAAUACUUCACUAUCAAUGACCAUUUCACCCAUGUUAAAUCCAAUCAUUUAUGUUUUGAGCACAAAGGAAUUUAAAGGUGUUAUAGUGAAAAUGUUUAAAAAGAAAUCCAACAUAAAUCCCCAAGCACAGAUUUUUACUUCUAAUACAGUUUUACAACCUAAUUCAGUUUUAAUAGGAAUGACACAAUUUUUUAAAACUUGA